CAUAACAGUUUUAUUUAACUGACGAGCGAGCGCAGUGCGUUAUGUUACCUUGUUAGCUUCGUGUGAACAGACUCUUUGGAAACCUUAGAGAUAUUUGAGGUGUUUUUGUUUUUCUGCAUUUGAUCAUGUCUGUUUUCCGGACUUUCUCCGCGGUUCUCCUCAUUUACUUAUUGGUGCAGAAGAGUUGUUCUGUGAUGAUCUACGCAAAAGUCGGUGACACGGUUGUCCUGCAUCCAGGUCGGAGUUUUGAUAACAUCACUUCCAUAAGUUGGGGGCACGAAAUGAGCCCCAUCUUGGAGUGGUUUGGACAGGACAUUAUUUUUUACAAAAGUCAAAAAGGUCGCAGUAACUUGGAAAAAACAACAGGAAGUUUGAUCAUCCACAACCUGACUGUAGAGGACACCGGCCGCUACACACCUGAGAUUAACCGCGUGAGUCAUAACCCAGUGGUUCUCCAGGUCAUCGAACCAGUCCCAAAACCGAUGGUGCACUUAAAAUGCAACCCUAGGAAAACCCUCUGUGACCUCACCUGUAAAGCCAACACCAGUUCUCGGUUUGGACCCGUCAUGUACAGAUGGGAAGCAGGAAACAAGGUGGUGUCCACUGAUAAUCAGCUGAGCUUAACAACGAAAAAUCAGAGUCGUGCCUACACCUGCAGGGUGAAAAACCCUGUUAGCACCUCGUCCAGCGACGAGGUGGCGACCCCUAUUACAGAAGGGUUACAUCCUUCAGCAGUGGUGGUACCUGUUGUACUUGUAGUCCUGGUUCUGGUUGUGGCUGGUGGCUAUGUCAAGCACAGGAAAGAGAUGAAACAAGCACUGAAUGUUGAAGCAGCCCAUGCAGAGAGGACUGCUAUGAGCCUGAAAGUCAUGAGGAGAAACGGAAUGAGUUUGGAAAGUUUUGAAAGUGGAUUGAUGUCACCAGCGAUGACGAAGACCAACUCCAGACAAGGACGCCUUUAUCUCCAUGAUGAUGAAGAACAACGCCUGCAUGACGACCAGGAACUUAAGAAGCAAAUCCAGGAGCUUCAAGCUAACACAGACGUCUAAAUUCAUCACAGACGUAUUGAAUCGAGCAAAGCACCUCUUGAGCUUUUUCUUUGCAACCUCACAGAAAACUAAAUACAUUUUAUUUGGAGUUUGAACACAAAGUAGUUUAGAAGAAUGUCACGUUGUUGCGCUGUUGACAGAAUAUGAACCGUUCCUGGCAUGUUAAUUCCUUUUCGAAGAUCUAUCUUAAUAUUUAAAGGGUGGACACAUAAUGUCGUUUUAAUAAGAAGAAAAUAGAAAUGCAGCAACUCAGGCUAGUUUGAGAGCGCUGCUUGUUGACCGAGGAAGAAUCCGGAAGUGAUGUUUUCACCCAAGACGAGCAGCUUUGUGGGAUAAUACCAUUACACCACAAAGAAUGGUGUUAGCUUAUUUAAGUUUCCUAACUUAAACAUGUUAAGUUAGGGGCAUAUUUAGGUAAACUAGUGGCUAAGCUAGUCCACUCUGUGCUCUGAACAUCUUGAGUCGGACUGCUUUGAUUUUGUCCCCUCUUAAAAGAGUUGCUCGCUUUUUUUUGUACAACUCAAACAUGUGCUGCUCUCUGCUGCAGUACCAACUGCGCCCCCCAGGGGCGCUGCAGCCAAACCAUGCAGGAAUCAGCAGCACUUCAAGGUUAAACAUCAAAAAUAGUUAUUUGUUCCUUGCAGUUUAUUUAUUUGGACUAUUUUGCAUAUUUUCAGUUUUCUUCUCCUACAAAAGUCGGGUUUCUUGUAUAAAACAAGGAUAAAAACAGAGAUUCUGUCUGUAAAAGAAAAGUAUAGAUAUUUAAUUUUAGUUUUAUCAAAUGUACCAUUUGGACACCAAAAUGUAAAAGUGUAUAGUCAAUUUAACGGUGCCUCGAGAGUCCUUAAAAUCUCAUUGCAAGAAGGAACAUGGUAAGCAAUGCAUUUCCCCUGGAGGAUCAAUAAAAUAUUCUGUUCUAUUGCA